UUUUCGACUCGCAAUGAUGCUUCUCAAGUUCCUUUAUUUGAUUAGUUGCUUUGCUGUGGGUCUGACACGAUUCACGCACCCCAGAACACGUGGCGAUUAUAGUUUGCCGGAUUUGAUUAGUGUGGAUGAGGAAUUCAGCCGUCUCGAACUUCAAAAAAAGCACAAUAUUACCGAGCGGAAUCCAUGGGAAGAACCGUACCGACUGUCGCGAAAUGUCAUUCCUUUUCACUACUGGGUGCAGAUAAGGACCGACGUCCACGAAGGAAGCCGUCCUUUCAGUGGUAAAGUGGACUUAUACUUUACAGUUACCGAACCUACCAGUUCGAUAUACAUACAUAGCAGAGGACUUAACCUGACAAAAUCCGAACUGUAUGCGCAGCCUGGAAAUGGUAGUGAUGAAGUGUUGCUGGAACAGUUGGAACACACCACCGAUGAUUGGAGAGAGUUUAUUUUGUAUGAUACUCAGGAAGAAUUGAAGGUCGACCAAGUCUAUAUAUUGUGUAUUGAAUACACCGGGUACCUGAGAUACGGAACUGAUGGGCUGUACAUGGCGUCUUACGUCAAUGAUGGCGGAUUACGCCGAUACUUCGCGGCGACUCAGUUUCAACCUGUUAGUGCCCGUAGUGCUUUUCCAUGUUUCGAUGAGCCAGCAUUGAAGGUCACGGUAGAUCUUAGUGUCAUUCACCAUCGGUCUUAUGAUGCGGUUUCGAACAUGCCUCGUAUUUCCCGUGAGACGUACGACGAGGAUGAAGGUCUUCUGGAUUAUGACAUUUCCACUUUCGCUACCACACAGCGGAUGUCCAUCUACUUGUUGGCUAUUCUAGUUUCCGAUUUUACCUACCGAUCGCACAUGACAAUACCGGAAUACAUUACACAAUCUGUAUACUCACGUCCAAAUGCUAUCAACGAAACUGAAUUCGCCCUGGACGCUGGUGUGCUAACUAUCGGAGCAAUGGACACGUAUACUGGAAUUCCAUACGGUAGCUAUAUGCCGAAAUUGGGUCAAGUUGCUAUUCCUGGGUUUGAUGCUGGGGCCAUGGAAAAUUGGGGUUUGUGUAAAUAUGGGGAACAAUAUUUAUUGUUCAAUCCAUCGAUAUCUACGUUCCGGCAGCGGACGUGGAUUUCAACGAUCAUCGCUCACGAAUACAUCCAUCAGUGGUUCGGAAAUUUAGUGACUAACGAAUGGUGGAGCUAUCUUUGGCUGAACGAAGGUUUCGCUACACUGUACGAAUACUAUGCGGCGCAGUUGGCUUUCCCAGAGCAGGAGUAUUUCGAAAUGUUUAACUUGGAUGUGGUCCAAUGGGCUCUGGAUGCAGAUUCUCGUGAUUAUACUAGACCGAUGAGUUACAGCCGUGGAGCCGGCCAAUAUGAAAUUUCUAGUCUGUUUGAUAACGUCGCGUACUCAAAGGCCGGUUCAGUUUUGAAUAUGUUUCGGAAUGUGCUGGGUGACAGUGUCUGGCAGGAAAUGAUUCAUAUCUAUUUAAUCGAAAAUGAGUUGAAACCUGUGAAUCCUGGAAAUCUAAUUGAUGCGAUGGAACUUGCCGUUAACAGUUCAUCCAUUUUCCCUGGGAACAUUUCGAUUAGUGAUUUUGUUCACAGCUGGACCGAUCAGACGGGUUACCCGGUGUUGGAAGUGCGUCGAAACUAUGAGUUGGGUGAUUUAAUUCUAUCCCAGGAUCGGUUCUUCAACAAUAGAAUCGUUAACUAUGAUCCUACCGUCUGGAUAGUUCCGUACAACAUAGCUGAGCAGACCAUGCCCGAUUUCGAAAAUCUCACUUGGAACUGGUUGACGGAGAAAGCCGCACGCUUUCCAAUAACUGCCUCGAAUGAAAGUUGGAUUAUUCUAAACAAACAACAAACUGGUUUCUAUCGCGUAAACUAUGACAUCCGGAAUUGGUACCUAAUCAUCGAUGCGCUACAGAGUAAUUAUACUUCCGUUCAUCGAUUGAAUCGGGCUCAGCUGUUAGAUGACGCAUUCCAGUUGGCUCGUUCGAAUCGUUUAGACCUGGAAGUGGUGCUGGAUUUGAUGGCCUAUCUUCAAAACGAAUUGGAAUAUCAUCCAUGGACGGCGGCAAGUCCCAUCGUAAGCUAUUUCUACAAUCGUCUACGUGGAGCUGCAAACUACGAUAACUACCAAAGAUUCGUGGGCAAUUUGAUCAGUGAAGUUUACUCUACUUUAACGAUUGAUGACGUGGCCGACGAUGAAUCACAUUUGCAUAAAUAUUUGAAGCAAACUAUUUCAACGUGGGCAUGCACGAUAGGAAACACGGAUUGCCUGAACCGGACUCGGAGCCUGCUUCAGGAAACAGCAGAGCGUAAUGGUACGAUCCAUCCGGAUAUUGCAGCUGUCACACAUUGUUUUGGACUAAGGAACUCUACACAACAAGCUUUCACGUAUCUGUACGAUAAAAUGAAAGCGUCGACCGACCAAACCCAAAGGAAUAUGCUAAUCGAUGCAUUGGGUUGCUCCAAUAAUCCAGAACAUCUGAACGCUUUCCUGAUGACAUCCAUUGGUGGAGAUCUUCAAAUGAACUACACAAUGUCGGAACGAAAUAGGGUGCUCUACUCAGUAGCAGCUGCUAGCCGAGAUGGAGUGGAUGCAUUGAUAGACUUCCUUAUUGAAUCGCACGAUUAUGUCAUCGACAUUCUUGGUUCAGGAGCUCUCUACAGUGCCGUUUCAACUAUUGCAGCUAGAACAAACAAUCAAGAUGAACUGGAUCGGCUGGAUGACUUAAUAGAAGCGCUAGACAAUGUGGUUCCUUCUAUAUUAUUAGAAAUAUUUAGGGAAACAGCUGUACAAAAUCUGGCGUGGCAUUCGACUCGCGAUGGAUUCAUUGUAAGCUCUUUCCUGGAAAGGUACAGCUGAGCUGUCAUAAUUGGCUUGAUGUAGAGGUAAAACCGAUACUACUUAAAAUAAAUA